AUUUACGCGCGCUCUCUCUCUCUCUCUCUCUCUCUUUCACUAUUUCUCUGGUUCUCUCAAUAUCACAAUUUCACUGAGCUAAGACCGUUAUCUGUGUUAGCAUUCGUAUUUCGAGUACUGUGAGAAUGGCCGGCAAGGCGACGGGUGGCAGGUGGCAUUUUUGUGGGAAACAAGAAGAGUAAAAAUAAGCAGCAGAGUCAAGUCAUUUGUAUUGUUGUUUUUGGUUUAUUGGUUCUGUAAGUGUUGCUGGCUGGCUGUUUGGUUGAUUGCUUGAACUGGCGGCUAGCUAUUCGAAAGCGCCGAACCAACAAGCAUUUCAGUCGGUGUUUUUCUUUGGUUGUGCGGACAGGCAGAAAAAAAGAUUCGAAAACAAAAUUUUGAAAAUAGUAAACCAAAAAUAGAAAUAACAAAGAAAAAAUACGAAUAUAAAAUGCUGGAGCAUUGAAACGGGAGUGAAAUAAAAUUUGUUAACAAAAAGUGCAUGUUUAAUGAGAAAUAGAAGAAGUAAUACCAAAUAAAAUAAGAAAUUAAAGAAACCACCAACAAUGGCGGCAGUGUUGUUUAUUGUUACCAUACCCACUGAGGCGGAGGAACAACGUCUGAAACAGGAUAUUCUGGCCCACACUAAAUACGAUGGGAAAUCGGAGAAAGCCGAAACAGCCACUCUGGCUGGUAUUUCCCUAAAAAGUGCCACAGGAGUUGUGGCGGCACCAAGCAUUAACAGCAGAACUCCCUCAACGGCUGUUUUGACUCAAACACCCACUGCCACAAGAAAAACAAAUAGCAGUGACUCGAACACAGGAGGCGAUACAGGAAGUGUUUCAAUUGCAUUGGAACAACAACAAACCAUAUCGGUGAAUUCCGAUAAUAACACCACCACCAAUGAUAAUAACACAACACCAAAUCAAUUUGGUACAUUUCCCAAACGCCGAAGAAAAUCGGAGUAUGUCAUCAAAGCCCAUGAGGGAAGAUCACUGAAAUCCAAUGGCAUUGGUGGCAGUUUGAAGAGUAUUAAUAAAAUUCAUACUCCUAAUUUCCUGAAAGAAAGACUUGCCUCUGGCCAGGAUGGUUCAGGAAAAACGAAAUCCAUCAAAAAGAAGGAGCCCACCCCCGACAUGGAAUUGACCUAUGACACAUGUAUGGAGACCGUGUUGAGGGUCAUACUUAAACGCUGUCAAAUAUCCAAUGCCAUGUGGGCAAAGGACGAGAAUGGUCGUAUGUAUCAGGUCUCUUUCACGGUGGAAUUCAAUGAAAUCUAUGAGAAAAUAUUGGACGAUUUCAAUGAAUGGGGUAUUGGUGAUCGUGAAGGUUCUUCCGUUUCGGUUAUGAAUUGUAUUGCCUCCAAGGCAUUUUCAACCAAAGACGAAGAUGAUGAAGAUAAUGACGAAAAUGCUGACAAUUACGACAAAAAACAAAGCGCCUGGGAGCGUUUUAUGAACUCCGUCCGUAGUCGUUUGAAUGUAACACAGAUUGUGCGAAAUGUACGCGAAGAUGCCUCAAUUACAUUUGAUUUUGUGGUAUUAUUGAUCUCAGCGGCAGUCCUAGCUGCCUUUGGUUUAAUCGAGAAUAGUACAAUAUUCUUGGCAUCCAGUAUGUUGGUAUCACCGCUAAUGGGCCCCAUUAUUGCCACCAUCUUUGGCACCGUAAUCAAGGAUAAAUCCCUGUUCCGCUUGGGCAUGAUAAAUGAAUUGUUUGGCAUUUGUACGGCCGUCUUAGUUGGUUUCAUCUUUGGCAUUGUUGUCUGCACCACCGAUGAAAGGUAUAGCAUUGGCGAGGGUCUCACCGAUGAAAUCCUAUCGAGAUGUGAAUUACAUUCACUUAUUGUGGGUGUAUUUACGGCGAUACCAUCGGGUGCUGCGGCCGCUAUUGGUAUUUUGGGUGGCAAUAUUGGCUCGCUGGUUGGUGUGGCAAUUUCCGCCUCGCUGUUGCCACCGGCUGUUAAUUCGGGUCUCCUUUGGGCCAUAGCAUUAAUCUAUAAAUGCUAUGAAAAUGAUGAAUCCAAAUUCCCACAAGUGGUGAAGUCCACUCAAUAUUCCGAGAAUCAAGCCAACGAAUUAGCCGUCUUGGCCACAAUUAGCAUGUGCUUGACCAUAUCGAAUAUCCUUUGUAUCUAUGUUAUGGGUAUAUUGGUAUUGAAGUUGAAAGAAAUCGCUCCCGUAUCGGGUACUAAUCGUGAAUUUUGGAAACAUGAUAUUAAAAUUGCCCGUCAUCUUAAGCGUCGUCGUCUCGACAGCGAUAAUGUUAUUAUGGAUGAAUAUGCCCACCUGCCGCAAGAGGAUCAAAAAGCGUUGGGUAUUAAUUACGACAUGCUGAGAACGAUACAAAUGGAUGAUGCUGCAUAUCAGAAUACAUGGUCACCGGUGGGUACCCGACAUCCAUUUGAGACGUCGUAUGAACCAAUGCGUGGUAACUAUUCGACGGUACAUCAAAUCGAUCAACUCUAUGCUACGAUAACACAUCAGACUACGAUGAAGGAGAAAAUGCAUAGAUUUGGUUUGGGACGCCGACCCACAGGGCGUAUGGUGGACUUUGCUUCCUCGUAUAAACUGCUAAGUGAAAACCUACCCCGUUCCCGUUGCUCAACAAUGCCGUCCAAGGUCAAUCCGCCUACCGUCAAAAUAGUCACUCCCGAUUCCUCGCAAUUCAACUCCUGCACGAAUACACCGUCCAUGGCUGCCGAGAAAAAUCGACGAAAAUUCAUUGUGACACCAGCUGAAGAUGAUCCAUUGCAACCAUUGAAUCCAUCGGAUGCAUAAAUCUAUAUUUAUUUGUAUAUAGAAAUAGAUAAUUAGUAGAGUAUGGGUCUAGGCGUGCGUGCGUGUGACUUACAUCAUCAUCGAUCAGUAUACUUAAAGGUAUCACUUUUCAACUUAGGUAGUUAAUAACUAAACAAAUAAAUUGUUAAAAGAAAUAGAAACAGAAACUAGUUUAUAUGUAUACACACACUCACAUACUCUAUUUAUUUAUAGAUAUAUAGAAAUAACAAUUUACAAUUAUUGUAUAAUUUGUAUUGUUAUAAUUCAUUUAUAAUGUCGUUUUUUUUUCUAGGAUAUAUAUUAGCGAACAAACAAAA